GUUUAUUACCACUUGUUUCCCCUCAAUCUCGAUACAUAUUAGCUUUAAUUAUGCCAGCAUACCAUUCACAAUUCAACGAAGGAGAUUACCAGUCCAUUGGUAAUAUGUUUUUAUUACCUAUCAAGACAAAGUUUAGAGGCAAUGCACCUUUUGCGGAUCCCAAUGCUGAAGACAUUAUUGAUGAAGCUCUUGACUUAUUUCGUGCAAACUGUUUGUUCCGUAAUUUUGAAAUUAAAGGCAAUGCAGACCGUGUUCUUAUUUACUUGAUUUUAUUCAUUUCACAAUGUCUUGGUUCUUUAAAUAAGAAUACACCUCAAGGAGAAGCUAUCAAGUCUUUGAAUACUUUGGCAGUCUCCAAUUUUUCUAUUCCAAGCGAUCCCGGAUUUCCUUUGAAUGCCAUGUAUCAAGGUCCUACUGACAAAUUUCAAGCGGAACAAAUGAAGCAAUAUUUCCAGCAACUUCGUCAAGAAUUAGCUGCAAGAUUGGUAGAUAGAAUUUAUAUCGAUGGACAACCAAGUAAAUGGUGGAUGUGUUUUUCCAAGAGAAAGUUCAUGAACCUUAGUCUUUAAAUAUACAUGAAAAAAAUAUACAGUUUAUUUUUAAUAGUAA